UCAAAAAAAAAAAAAAAAAAAAAAAAAAAAAAAAAAAAAAAAACAAAAAAAAUCUCUGGGCCAAAUCUCUCCUUUUUUUUUUUUUGCCCUGGCUGGCUGGUGUGUUGUAGAUGCUGCUGAUUGUCUGAAAAAAAGUUCUCUCUUUUGACAACCCUGUGUGGAGGAGGAACAAUGAACGGGACGUCGUCCGAGGAAUCCCCCGAUUCAACUCAGCGGAUCGAUUCAUUCAAUGGCGAGCAGAGAGUCUACUUCGUCCCCUUGAGGUGGUGGAAAGAUGCCCAAGAUUCAAUGCCUUCUGAAUUAGUUGAAAAAAGAGAGAUCUUGUAUACAGCAACAACUGGGUCCUCUUAUGGAGGCCCUAUGAAGUUGAUAAAUAACAUCUUUAACUCCGAUAUUUUGUUCGAUCUGAGGAGAGAAGGAGAUGCGUUACAGAAUGGUGAAACGGGUGAAGCAAGCGUCUCAGGCAGGGACUUUGCUUUAGUCUCAAGUGAUAUGUGGCUUCAGGCACUAAAAUGGCAUCAUGAUGAUAAAAAUACUGAGAGAGGCGUAAAAAGUUUCUCGGCUGGAGGAGUUGACAGAGGUGAUGUUUAUCCAGUACAACUCAGGCUCUCCGUUGUGCAGGAAACCAAUUCAUUGGCGGUUAAAAUUUGCAAAAAGGACAAUUCAGUUGAAUGCUUCAGAAGAGCAUGCAAGAUAUUCAGCCUGGAUUCUGAGCAAGUAAAGUGUUCCAUGCAUGAUAUUUUACCUACUACAUUCCGUGCACAUAAUAUUUUCGUUGAUUUAAGGAGAUAUUUCCCUGUAGAAUACUCUAUGUACACUUUUUGUUUUGAGAGUUGCUNACAACAAGCAGAUCAGGAAAUGCUCCUAGAGCUUCAGAUUUAUGGAUUAUCAGACUCCAUCAAAUUGAAGGAAUCAAAAAAGGAAGAUGGUUCCACACAGCAAACCAAUGGCAUUAAUGGUGGCACAGUGUUUAGAUUUGGACGGAGUAAUUCUUUGAGCUUUUUGGCAAAAGCUGGAGAAGCUGGAACUUUGGGGUUGACAGGCUUGCAGAAUCUAGGAAAUACUUGUUUCAUGAACAGUUCCCUUCAAUGCUUGGCUCACACACCGAAGCUUGUCGACUUCUUUCUUGGAGAGUAUAGUAAAGAAAUAAAUCUUGACAACCCAUUGGGAAUGAAAGGUGAGAUCGCCUUAGCUUUUGGUGAUUUGUUGAGGAGUCUGUGGGCGCCAGGUGCAUCAACAGUGGCCCCAAGGACAUUCAAAGGAAAACUUGCUCGCUUUGCUCCUCAGUUUAGUGGCUUUAAUCAGCAUGAUUCGCAGGAACUUCUAGCUUUCUUGCUUGAUGGACUCCACGAGGACUUAAACCGUGUAAGGAACAAGCCUUACGUGGAAGCAAAAGAUGGGGAUGGCCGUCCAGACGCAGAAGUGGCUGAUGAAUAUUGGCGAAAUCAUGUGGCUCGCAAUGAUUCGAUAAUUGUUGAUGUGUGCCAAGGCCAAUACAAAUCAACAUUAGUUUGUCCUAUUUGCAAAAAGGUUUCUGUUAUGUUUGAUCCGUUCAUGUACCUAUCGCUACCUUUGCCAUGCACAUCAAUGCGAACGAUGGAUUUAACAGUCAUGAGUGCCAAUGGGAGUAGUCUGCCUAUUCCAUUGACUGUCAACGUUCCUAAGUUUGGAAAAUUCGAAGAUCUUCAUAAGGCUCUUGUCACUGCCUGCUCUUUACCAGAGGAUGAGACUUUACUGGUUACUGAGGUGUACAAUAAUCGGAUUCUUCGCUUCCUGGAGGAGCCUACUGAUUCAUUAACCUUGAUCAGAGAUGGUGACAAACUUGUCGUGUACCGGUUAAAGAAAGAUGCAAACAAUUCUCCUUUGAUUGUGUAUAUGCAUCAGAAGCUGGAAGAGCAGUUUAUAUCUGGGAAAUCUAGCCCAACUUGGAAGGCAUUUGGGAUCCCCUUGGUCUCUAGGCUUUGUGAUGUCGAGAAUGGAUCUGAUGUCGAGAACCUGUACCUGAAGCUGCUUACUUCAUUUAAGAUGCCUACUGAACUCUCCACAGAGAAUCAUGAAAUUCCAACUGAAGAAGAAGCCACUGAUAAAGCAGAUACCGUUGGUACUACAACUGAGGAUACAAAUUCCAUUGACGUGAAGGAGACUGCUGAAUCUCUUCCAGAUCCUGUGUUGAGGCUUUACCUAACUGACGACAGAGGAAACUUAAUAGAAUCUGAAGUAUUGAAAGAAAAGCCUAUAAAUAAAUCCAAGCGGGUGAAUGUGCUUGCACGUUGGCCAGUAAAAGAGCUUGACGUUUAUGAUACUUGUCUUCUGAGCUCCUUACCUGAGGUUUGCAAAUUUGGAACUAAGAGACCCCAAGAAACCGUUUCGCUUUACAAGUGCCUUGAAGCAUUCUUGACGGAGGAGCCUCUUGGUCCUGAUGACAUGUGGUAUUGUCCUGGCUGCAAAGAACACCGGCAAGCCAUUAAAAAGUUAGAUCUCUGGAGGUUGCCAGAGAUCCUGGUUAUUCACCUGAAGAGAUUUUCUUAUAGCCGGUUUAUGAAGAACAAGCUUGAGGCGUAUGUGGACUUCCCGCUCGAUGAUCUUGAUCUAUCGACCUACAUCUCCUACAAGAAUGGUCAGACAACUUAUCGCUACAUGCUGUAUGCGAUUAGCAAUCACUACGGGAGCAUGGGAGGUGGUCAUUACACUGCAUAUGUUCACCAUGGAGGUGAUCGAUGGUAUGACUUUGAUGAUAGCCAUGUCCACCCAAUCAGUCAAGAAAAGAUCAAGACCCCAGCUGCUUACGUUUUGUUCUAUAAACGCCUUGUAGACUAAAAAGAACCUGAAGCGGAAAAGACAAGAAAGAGGUAUUUGCAGUUUUGCCACUCUGUAAGGGGAAGGCUUAUUUAAAACAUCAUUAGCUUGAUUCUCGUUUCACUACAAGAUCAAGAUCAAGAUGAGCAGCUAUGUGGUGAGACUUAUUUUACAGGACAGUAAGAGACAAAGAAGAGCAAAAGUGCGGGGGGAUUCAUUUAAUUUUUACAAAAUUGGUGUCUGAUUAUUUCAUUAACCAUAUUCAAAUUAGAGUAGAAGAAUAGAGAUAAAAUUGCUUUCGAACAAAGCCCUUUUGUGGGUUAUGUUCUAAAUUGUUGUUUAGUUCUUGUGUGUCAGUUUUUUUGGCUCUCGACCAAGGAAAAUUAAGUUAUUUUAACUGAUUCUUUUCUUU